CGGCGGGGAGCCCAAACUUUCCCCGGUGCCGAGCCCGGCCUCGCCGGGGCUGCCGAGCGUUCGUGCCGGCAUCCCCCGGCAAGGCACCGCCGCCUCCCGCUCCAGCGUGGGAUGCUGGCGAGGGCUGAUGUGCAGCCCGGGUGGCAGUCACCUCUCCUUGGCGCACGCUUGGCUUUCGAGAGCUGAUUCGCAGUGUUCUGCUCUCCCUUGGCAUUAUAAUUCCGUAAGGACGGACAUUUCCAAAGAAGGGUCAGACGUGUGUGGUGCACUACACAGGAAUGCUACAGAAUGGAAAGAAGUUUGAUUCCUCCAGAGACAGAAACAAGCCUUUCAGGUUCAAGAUUGGCAGGCAAGAAGUCAUUAAAGGAUUUGAAGAAGGUGUUACACAGAUGAGCUUAGGACAGAGAGCAAAGUUGACCUGCACACCUGAGAUGGCCUAUGGAGCCACAGGCCACCCUGGGGUCAUACCUCCCAAUGCCACGCUCCUCUUUGAUGUGGAGCUUCUCAGGUUAGAGUGAACCUUACCGAGGAGUUGGCUGGAGACAUCUGUUAAUAACCAUCCGUUCCUUCCUGCCUUGCCAGCGGUGGGAGGAAUCUUCACUGGAAUCCCAACCUUCCCUGCUCAAGCUGUCCUGUCAGUAGCGCCUGACUCUUGGUUUCCUAUGCCUUCCUUCUCUUUUAUAACUUUGUGGUGUCUGUAUUUGCCUUUUAUUAGAAGCUUUGCUCUGAGGAAAAAUGUCUCCCGGUGUAACAUUUCCGAGUUGUACAUUUUAUUGAAUUUGCAUGUACGAAGAAUUCACGGUGAUGACUGAAAAUAUAUAUAAAUAUAAAUAUAUAUAUAUAUAUAUAUUCCUUAUUGAAAAAACCACUGCCUUACUGUACACUUAAACCAAGAAAAAAUAACCACAAAAGGUGCUCAAAAGAAAAAAAUCCAAUGUACGCCUUGUACAUGAACGGGCAUUAGCCAAACAGAGUUACCUGCGCUGCCACUUUUCUCAACUUGUACGUUCUGCUUGCUGCUGUUUUAAAAAAAUACUGUCACAUUUAAGAAUUAUAAGUAUAUAUAUAUAAAACAAUAAAAUCUUGAUACUUUACCAUUUCUCA